UUCUCCAUUUCCGUGGCCCCCACUAGCUUUCUGAUUACUGGGCGCCACACGCGGCGCAAGCGCAAACAGCACGCCAUCUGUUCGUGCUGUCGCUCUCCCCAGGAGCGAAGCAUAAACCCCAGUGGCCUCGUAGAAAUCCGGGUUGGAAAUCGAAAUCCGACGAGGGUGGCAGCAUGGAUUCACGAGCCCGCGGGAGCUCGAUUCCCUCUCCUUGUUUUUGAUCUCUCGCAGUCCCUGAUCCGCCUCCCUGUUGCUGUUUUCCUUUUGGGAUUUUUUUCUGGAUUUUUUCGUGUGUGUAUUUUUUUUGUUGUUGUUUCGUUUCAGGACCGCGCGGCUUCUGCGAUUUCGCGGCGGCUGGUUUUUGGACCCGCGGGUUGGAGAAGGCUGGUGCUCGCUAGGCCCUGCUGAGAUCGCUCCUCGCAGUCGUUGUCACAAUGUCGACAUAUCCUAUGUUGAACGACCGGCCAAUUGAUCAGUGGAUGGUUACUGAGUUGAAGGAUGAGCUUCUGCGAAGGAAUCUGCCUGUCACUGGUUUGAAGGAUGAUCUUGUGAAGAGGCUCUUUGAGGCCAUCCAGGAUAAGAUACUUCAUGGUAGGGAAAAAACAAGUGGUGGAAUUCCUGAGGACCUGAAAGGGGGUGAAAUUCCUGGUUCUGUUGAUGCAUCUGUUAACCAGGCUUCAAUCGAAGAACAUAUUGGUGAAGUUGCUUCUGAGGUUACGGGACAGGGGGCAGGUCUUGGUAUCUCUGUUACAGAAGCUUAUGAUGAAAGUAUAUUAGCUACUUCAGAAGUUACUCAGGAGGCUGUGGCUGGUACUGCAGAAGCUAGUCAGAGAAGUUUUGAUGCUAUUGCAGAAGUUGAAUCUUCUCUAGUUGAUACAGCAGCAACUGAUGAAACCAAUGGGGAUGUCCUAGAACCAGCUUCAAGUGGCAAUACUAGAGUGAAUGAAGCAUAUCCUCAUUCUGAAGAUCUCGGUGAUACUAUUGAGAAGACCCCAGAAGAUGACACCAACAAUAAAAUGGCUGUUGAUGAUGUACCUUCUGAUUUUACUGGUGGUGACAUCAAGUUACGCCUCAAUAUGCACAACAAAAUUCUAGAAACUGAAGAUGUACCUGCACCUCCUGAUGAUAUCAUCAUAUUGCAUGGUGAUCAUGAGGAUGCUGAUGCUGUUGCGGCUGCAGAUCCAGAAGAUGACACCAGCAAGAAAAUUGACAUUGGUGUAGUGUCUGAUGUUUCCCAUACUACUAUCAAGCUAGGUGUCAAGGUAGACUGCAAAACUGAACAGGAAGAAUUACUGGCACUGCCUGAUGCUAUUGCAUUGCAUGCUGAUCCUAAGGAUGCUGAUGUUCUUGCAGCUGCAGAGAACAAGAUUCCUAAAGACAAUUUCAGUGUGGAUACUUUGAUGUCCGGCAAUGGCCAUGGAGAUCCUAAAUGCUCUAAUGGGGACACCAAGCCCUUUCUGUGCAGGGACAAAGACAAGGUAUCUGAGGUCAAAACAGAUCUAGACUUUCAAAUUAAGUGCGUGUCAAUUUUCAGUGAUAAUAUAUCCACUAGCGAAAAGAAUGAUGUAAAGGGCAACCUUAAUGCUGAUGGUUGUGAUUUAGAACUAGAGGCAAAGCAGGAGAUAUGCAAACCAUCAUCCACCAUUCCCUCCCCAGGUGAUCAUUUGCAGGUGUUGGAUGUCAACAAGGAGCUGCAUAAGACUGGGACCUCUUUGCAAGAGUUAGGCUCCACAAGUAAUAUAGACUUAGACAGAGAAGAGAGUCCUGAUGGUAGUUCUCAUGAGAAACUUAAUCUCGAUAGGAGUUCAGGUGAUGAAUCAAUGGAUGAGGAUGUGAUGGAAAGUAGGCAUGCUGAUUCCAAUAUCAAACCUGAUGAUCUUGGAGGAAAGACAGUGGUUACCUCAGAGCAUGUGUUGAAAGAGGUAUCUCUCCUUGAUAAUGCUGUUGAGAGUUCCUCUGCACACACAAACGAAGUUGUAGCUGAAGAGAAGCCACCAAGUCCAGCUGAAAAGAGGAAACUUGAAGGUCGAGAUGUCAUUGCAAAUAAUGAGCCAAUCAAACGGCAGCGCCAAUGGAAGACAGAUGCUGUCAAUAUUUCUGAACAACAAGCACCCAAAUUAAUUGGCACUGGUACUCCGAACAAAGUCUUUCACUCUGCUCUGAAACAUUCAUUUGGCAGGCCUGGUAUAGUAGCAAGCGGAGAUUAUCCAAAGGAGCGGAUAGUACCACCUGCUCAAAAACCUGCAACAACUUCCUUAAGAAUUGAUAGAUUUGUGCGCCCAUUUACCCUGAAAGCUGUACAAGAGCUUCUUGGUAAAACUGGAUCUGUUUGUAGCUUUUGGAUGGAUCAUAUCAAGACCCACUGCUAUGUUACUUACUCUUCAGUGGAGGAAGCUGUGGCUACGAGGAAUGCUGUCUACAACCUCCAGUGGCCCCCAAACAACCACAACUAUUUGGUCGCUGAAUUUGUUGAUCCACAAGAGGUUAAGCUCAAACUUGAAGCCCCUCCCCCAUCUAAAGUGCCUACCAGUCCGAGCGCAGCUACAGCAUCACAGGCAGCACCCUUCCAACAACACACUGCUAACCAAACCCUACCUCCCCAUCCUGCUACUGGUCUAUUGCCCACUCCAGCACAUCUUGCUGCUACUGCUCUGUUACCCACUCCAGCACCUCUUGACAAGCUGCCGCCUACCUCUGGCCCUGGGCCAGCAAGUGAUAUGCUUCCUCCACCUCCUCCAAGGAAUCUGGAACAUGCCCGGACUCUGGAUGAUCUCUUUAAGAAGACACAGGCGUAUCCAAGGAUUUACUAUAUGCCCUUGUCCGAAGAGGAGGUAUCAGCUAAACUUGCAGCUCGCAACAAUGCUAAGAGGGGGGAUAGUGGGCUUUAGUUUGUUGCUCAAGCUGAUAUUUUGGUGUCCUGUUCCUGUCACUGCUGUUCUCAGAUGCAACAUUACAAAUGUCACUGUGAUCGCCAGAUUCUCAUCUCGUACCUGAUUCCAUCAGCCGCUGCAGCUCUAUGAAGUACUAGGUGGUAUACACACUUUAGGUCGCGUUGUGUGGAAAGGAUAGCUUGUUGUGAGGGAAGGCUAUUUUGGAGUUCAAGAGAAAACCGUGGUUUCUUCCAAACUAUGAUGGUGUGGCAUUUUGGAGUUCAGGAGAAUACCAUGGUUUCUCGAAUGUGCGAUGGUUGUCGAAACAUCAGGGUUUUGGGGAUACAGGAGCUAGUGUAAGUGCAGCAAGUUGUUAGAGCACUGCACUAAAACUCGUUGAAUUCGUAUUCCUGCCGCUCUCAUUGUUACAGCAUUUCUAAUCGCCUUGACGAUUGUACAUCCACUUCGAAUCUGAUGGGGAAUGCAGUUUAAGGUAGCCUUUCUUCUG